AGUGGGACCAGAUACCUUAUUUAAUAGUAGUGUGUAGCCAUAUUUCCAAAUCGUGUAAGCCUCAAACGACGAAUCUAAAAAUGUCAAACGCAGCCACAAACGACGUAAAAAGACCGAACAAAAUACACAGAUAUAAGCCCAAAGAUUCCAGUGCACCCGGUGAUGAUCCCACUCCAGACUACAUGAACCUUCUAGGGAUGAUCUUCAGCAUGUGCGGGCUCAUGAUGAAGCUGAAGUGGUGUGCAUGGUGCGCUGUUUACUGUUCAUUCAUCAGCUUUGCCAAUUCCAGGGCAUCAGAGGACACCAAACAAACACUAAGUAGCUUUAUGCUGUCCAUAUCAGCAGUGGUGAUGUCCUAUCUACAGAACCCACAACCAAUGACCCCUCCAUGGCAGUGACGAAACAUUUUCCUAUCCAUCUCUAGUCUAUACACCAGUCAGCAAGCAAACGUACAACCAUCAAUUCAUUCCAUCGUGGUCACAUGACUUAGUUAUGUUAAAUUUUAAGUGUAAAUUCAAAGAAAGAACAAUUAUUUUCUCUGAUGUUUUAUUUGCACUUUUCAUCUUAUAUUUCAAGCUUUUAUACACAUUGUUUACCUUUAUUUGAAAAAAAAAAUCAGAUUUUUAGAAAUACUUGCGCACUGCAAAAUUUGAUCGCCUGGGUGUGUGCUGGCUAAUUUCCAUCAGUGCAUAAACAAUUACUUAAUUAAAAAAAAAUCAAACAGGUUCUCAUUCUGCAUGACAUGCUGUAGAACAAUUAAUGAAACUAAUCUAGUUUCUUUUUAAAAAUAUGUUUCCAAAACCAUGGAAAUCCAACAUCAAGAAGUUACACACAUCUCAUAUGGGUCAAUAUUUUAGCAUGUGUUUGUAAAUAUUCUCAGUUAUUGGGCCGUGUACCACAGCAUUAGUGGGCAACAUCAUCCUGCUUAUAAACAUUUAUUUUUAUUUUUUGGGUGUGAUUUACCACUGUCCAGCAAUUUAUUGUGUAAGAACUAAAAUUGACCCUUUAGUUAUCAAUUUUAUCGUGCAAUUCUUAAUUUAACAAGUAUGAAUAUGUAUAUGCAAAACUGAAAUGAUAUUUUUCUUUAUAUGGUGUAUUAACAUUUUAACACAUAUUAGUUUUUGGCCUUAUGAAAUAUUUUGAUUAAAAGUAAUGAAAAGUAAUGUGUAUUUCUCAACAAUUUUUUUCAAUAUGUUAUGAUGUUUUAGAAAAUCUUGCACAUAUUAUUUUUUGGCCUUAUGAAAUAUUUUGAUUUAAAGUAAAGUGUAUUUCUCAACAAUUUCUUCAAUAAGUUAUGAUGUUUUAGUAAAUCUUGUUAAGAUUGAAAGUUUACUUUGGUAGGUAUUUUUAACCCUGAUAGAAUAACCCUUUGGUUUUAUAGAAGAAACCUAAUACACAUGUAGAUUAUUGUAGAAUAUUAUAAUGGAAAAGUAGAAAACAUGUUAUCAAAUCACUCUUUGCAAUAAAAGACUAAGUUGACACUUUUUAUGUUAACACGUUUUAUGUAUAUUAGAAAAACAUUUAUGUCAAUGAAAUUAUUGUAAUUACAUGUAUUAUAAUCAAGAAAUAAAUAUUUUGAAUUAA